UCGCAAGCACGGUACGAUGAUUCAAUCUCUAUCGUCUCCUUAAUUCACUUGGCUCUUGUGUUUGUUCUCUUUCUUCCUGUUCUCCUACUACUGCGAUUCCAAUUAUUUUCCCGCAAAAUUCCGCUAAUACUCUCCCACUCUUACGUCUUCCGAUUCAAAUCUCCCUAACAAUCUUCAAUUUCAUCUCUCAUUCUAGGGUUUUACUGUUUCUGCCUUCUGGGUUGGCGGCAAUCUGCUUUCCUCUCUGUUUUUUGUUUAUCUCUUCCUACGAUCAAACCAAGAGUUUCGUUACUUCCUUAAUUCUCGUCAUUGGUCAUUGCAUUUUUGAAGAUUUUGAUUGAUAACAAAAGUUGGGCUGAAGAAGAAUGAAGCGUAAACGAGGGAACAAAAAGAGCAAGCGUAAAGGGGGAACUGAAGUAGCUGGGAAGGGAGCGGUUUCUUUAGGUACUGAGGAGAAUUCAGGUUUGGAGGAGUUUGAUAAUGAUAAUGAUAAUGACAGGUAUGAUUCUGCAACGGAAAUCCGUACGCCUUCGUCCACGGGGACUGAUCAUCUCAAUGUUGCGACUGAUAAGGAUUCGAUCGAAAAAGAUGCUGGGAAAUCAUCAAUUGGACGUGUUAAAGUGAAGCUAAAGACCUCAAAAAUGAUGGAUACUCAGCUUAAUUCUUCCGAUGCGCUCACUCAGAGUGACACUGAUAAGAGUAGUCUUCAAAUGGGUUUAGAGAAGCAGAGUGUAGCUUCUGAGAAAAUGGAAGAUUGUGCCAACUCGUUGUCUGAAAAGGAAACCGGUGUUUCUGGGAAUACUAUAAUUGCAUCCAAGAAACCUGGGAGCAUAAAGAUUAAGGCUUCCAAGAGCUCCGGAGCAAGUAAUAAUUCGACAAGUACUGUUGUGAAGGUACAAGCUGAUACUCGUAUGCCUUCAAAGGAUUCUCGACCUAAUAAGAGAGAGUUGGAAUCUGCUCUCACGGUCAUAAAGAAAGUCAUGAAAAUGGAUGCAGCUGAACCGUUUAAUGUUCCUGUGAAUCCUGUUGCUUUAGGGAUACCCGAUUAUUUUGAUGUGAUAGAUACACCAAUGGAUUUUGGGACAAUAUGCAGCAAUCUUGAAAAUGGUGUUAAAUAUAUGAAUUCAGAGGAUGUUUUCAAGGAUGUGCGGUACAUCUGGGAGAACUGCUAUAAGUAUAAUAAUAAAGGUGACUACAUCCUGGAUCUUAUGAGGAGGGUGAAGAAAAACUUUUCAAAAUAUUGGAGUGCUGCUGGAUUGUACAAUGGGCAAACUACAGCAACUAAUGGUGUUGAUAUAAGCCAAGAGAAUGGUGGAGCAUCCAGUCAGGCGAAACCUCUGAAAGGUCAGUCAAAACAGAAAUCGAAGAAGCGUCAUGGAAGGCGCCAUAAAUCUGAUUGUUUAUGUGCAAUAUGUGUUUUAAAGCGCCGUAGGAGGGAGCGUGAAGAGACUGCUAGAGUUGCUAAAGACCAAACUGGAGCUGGCAACAACCUAGCGCGAGAGUUAAAGUUUGAGGAAUCUUUGCGUGGGGAAAGUCCUGGCAGCGUGGAUUCAUCAUCAAAUGCUGAUGAUUCACUAGACAAUGAACUAGGUGUUGAAGAAGAAACAGGAGAAGAGGUGAAAAUGGAUGUUUCAAAGCAACAGUUUAGCAUGCCAGAUGAUAAGCAAGAUGAAGCUGAGGAGGAAAAAGAUGAAGAAAAUGAAAUGGGGCAGAGAAUAGCCGCUGAUUCUAAAGGAAUUGAGCAGUCGGAACGGUCGAGGGAGGAUCAUGAUAGACCAUUGAAAUCAACAACGGAGGAAUCGGGUAACUUGAAAAUGGAGGAUGUUCCACAAGAUACUCAUAUCUCCGAACAGAAGGAGGAAGAAGAAAAACAGAGGAAGAAAUUAAAGGCAUGGGAGGAGUUGAGCAUUAAGAAUCCGAUGGUUUUGGAGUUGUGUGGAGUCGUUUUCCCAGUGAAUCCAAAAUCUGUGUGGAGAGGACCCCAUUCAUUGCUUCCGCAUCGCAGACCUUCUCGCACUAGCUCCAUUCACAUGGCCAUAGAAGAGUUCAUGAAAUAGUAGAUUAAUUAUUGUAUUACCCGAUACUUGUAGGCUUGUGUUUCAUGUAUCAUAAAAAUUGUAUUCGACUCUGUGUAGUUUAGUUGUAUCAUAUUUGGCUUCCUAUUGAAAAAUGAAAAUCAUUACUCUGCCUUUGAA